AUGAGACUCUUCCAUCUUGCCUUGUGCUACCUCCUCUUUGGUUGUAGCGUCUGCUCUUCCCAGCCGCAGCAACCCGAGUUCACUUUCGAAGCCUCUAGCAAUGUGGAAUCAAGGCCCUCAACCACAGUGUCACCAACUGUGACCUUAAUUUUGUCCAGUGCCAGUCUGCUCAGUACCACUAAGAUGGGCCGUUGCUAUGAUGCAUACGAUGAUUCCUGCAAAGGCGGGAUCGCAGCCUUGAUGGCGUAUGCCAGGAACAAUACCGUGGAUUCGGAUAUUGGGAGGUUGGUUUUGCCUCGUAUUGACAUCAAGUCUUCCUUUGUUCAGAUGCACCCCCUUGACUGGUCCGUCAACCGUCUUGUCUUGAAGGACUACUUCAACUUUGAUGUCUUUUGGGGGGUGCUUUCUUUUACAACCCAGCAGCUCUAUUCAAAAGAAAGAGAUGUGUCGGACCUUCAAAGCACUGACUUCCCCCUCCUCGCUAGUACCCUUGACAUCCCUAUCAGCAACGCGUGGAAGCAAUUCGUCCAAGACAUCCACUUCCAUGAGGAAACAGGUUUGGCCGUCAUGAAGGUUGUCCGUUCUCGUGAUCGCAACCAUGAUCGCAUCCAGAAAACGAUUGAAUCUUGCAAGAGUUUGCUCUCAGUAAUUCAUCAGAUUAAUUGGCAGGCCGGAUGCUUUCCACAAGAAGAGCCCACUCCGUAUUGGUCCUACAUGCAAUCGAGUGCCCUUUGGUAUAAUUUAAGUCAGACAUCCUCCCAGCAGCAGCAACAUCCCGAACAUCCCUGUUGGAUUCCGGUGAUCAUUACUGGGCAAGGUUUCGAUCCUCCAAUGAUGGAUACUUUCGUGGAUGCUCUUGCUACCUAUGAAAAGUUUCCACCAGCUGUCAUUUACCAGCCUUUGGGAAUUGAUAAAUUCGCCACUCCAGGGAAGGUCCACAACACUUGGGUGUACUGGAACCCUGCCUACAAAAUUUAUGGGUUUGACCAGCUUCGACUUCAUUUACGACACGACCCAUCACUGACCCACACACAAAAUGAAGUCCUCGACCUCACUGUUACUCAAGAAGACACCGGCAACAUUGAUGAGCAAGUCAAAGAUGAUCAGUUUGUCCGCGAUAUUGAAUUCUUGAAAGACCUCAUGGUUGAAGCAGAAAUCAAUGACCCUCUUCUCGGAAACACAACCGAAAUGCUGUACACUCGAGAAGGACAAUUUCAAAGAUGCUAUGGUGGUGAGUGCCCUUUGGGAAACCUUUUUGCUGAUGCCUUGCGUUGGCGAGCGCAAGCUGAUGUUGCAGUGAUCAACAGUGGUGGUGUCCGUGGAAGUGGCUGGCCCGCCGGAGAAGUGAGGACUUCAAACAUUUGGCGUAGCUUUUUCUUCGCCAACACCUUAUGUGAGAUUUCAAUGUCUGGCCUAUCCCUCUUCCGACUGUUCAAUUACAGCACCAGUUUGGCUACCUUUAGACCAUGGAAUUCGAAUGCAGCAGAUCGUCCAGGAGAUCGCCUCUUCCAGGUGUCCGGUGCUCGCAUCACGUACAACACAGAGCUCAACACCUCCCGCUUGAUAUCUAUGAAAAUUUGGGACAAGGAAACGCAAGAGUACGAGCCAGUGGAUCGUUUGAAGAUUUACAAGGUGGCAUCUACUAGCUGGGAAUGUGAGGGUUUCGUUCCAGUUCCAGACUACCUCACCACAGAGCUGGUAAUGAAGGGGGAGCGACCAGCCGAAAUUGUGGAUGAACUGGUCCAGAACGUGGUGGGGUCAUACUUGCAGUCAUUGAAUGGAAAGGUCUACGACACAAGCAUUAAAGGGCGUCUCAUCAACGACACCGAUUCACUCCAAGCCAUGGAUUGGAUCCAAACUGAAGAAUCAUGUCCGUUUCGAACUUAUUGGUCUGAGGAAUACCUCACCUGCUUUGAUUGCCCCGAUGUCUCUCAGGUUCAGUUUGCCGAAGAGAUGCUCAACGGUGAAGGAGUAAGUGGACAGGACGAUGCUUAUCUUCUCCAAGCAACUGUUGUGAAUGGUGAGAACUUCACAAUUACCGUGCUCCCAAAGCAAAUCCCAAGCUGGAUCUCCUGGGCCCCUGAAGGUGGAGCCAUCUCUUCGACUUCUGUAACAUCUAGGGAUGCUGGUACUGGGAAUGAAGAUCAAGUAUUGCUUGAGCCAGCUCAGACGCACACCUUUAGCUUUGUUGCUACCUCAAGAGACCUGGAUGCUGGAAUUGCCCAGGCUACCGUAUCCUUUGCUGUUCAAGAUGGAGGCUCCUACCCUGGCUGUAGUGGAGAUGAUGUUAAACCAGAACUCAAGAAGCCGGAGGGCAGCCGCUAUGCUGGUUUUGUCUUGAUGGCCAUAUCAUGCCUAAUGUCUAUCUCCUUUGCUGCUUGGGUCUACUGGAAUCGAGAUGAUCGUGUUGUUCAUAAACUCCAACCAGAAUUCUUGAUUGGUCUUUGUGUUGGGACAUUCAUCUUGUGCUUUUCCAUUCUCCCCCUGAGCAUUGUUGAUGAGUUGGAGAAGGAAUCUGCCAGAGACCAUGCCUGCCAAGCCACGCCAUGGCUGAUGGUCCUUGGCUUCAAUAUGAUAAUGUCUUCUCUCUAUGCCAAGCUUUGGAGAAUCAACAAGCUUUUCGGUGGGAACAGCUUUGCCAGAGUGACCAUUACAGCACGGCAGGCUGCCAUUGCUACAAGCGCCCUUUUUGUGACAAACUUGAUUUUGCUUUGCAUCUGGACCAUCGUUGAUCCGCUGAAAUGGAGAUCCGCCAUGUCCCUGUAUGGAUCCUGUACUGAUGUGGGCCCCGCUGGUCAAGGCUUGUAUGCAACAAUAUUUGUCUUGACAAUGAUCAAUCUUGUCCUGACAAGCCACCAAGCGUUCAAAGCACGCAACAUCAGUGACGAGUUCAGUGAGAGCACAUCCCUGGGUUUUGCAGUCUUCACAUCUGCACAGAUUGUCGUUGUGGGUCUCCCAAUUCUUUUCUUGAUUAGUGAAGACAAUCCUGAUGCCCAAUACCUUCUACAGACCAUGAUGAUCUUUGCCAUCUCCACAUCUGGCUUACUACUCAUUUUUGUCCCCAUCAUCCUCCAUCAACGCGAACGCCAAAGCCAGCCACCGGGAGCAGGUCGAUUGCACAUUUCAGGAAUGAACACGACGACAACCAUGGCCAACAGCAACCACGCUCUGAGUGCUCAGAGCGGUCUGAGUGGUACGAGCAGCCACGGUGCGAACUCAAAGAGGACUUCUGCCUGGUAA